GUGUGGGGUGCUGGUGGUGCAGGGAUAUCAUAAUUUCCUGCUCUUAUAACUCUAAUCCUUUUGCUACGUCGUCGUGUCGUUAAACAAUGUCGAAUUUCGUUUUCGUAACGUGGCUAACCGAUAUCCCCGGCUACGGGAUGUUCGCGGAGGAUCCGCGCGAUCCGUCGAAAAAUUUCUAUUGAUCGUUCGAUAACCUCAAACUCUCCUGAAACUAAACUCGUUGCCAAACGACUACACGCAUAGAGAUACAGACGUAUAGCUAGUACAGCUAGCUGCUACUGCACUCACUUCGGACGGACGGACGGACGAACGGCACCUAAAACUCGGGGUUCGUUCGUCGUCGGUUGAAAAUUAUUGUUGGAGGAAAGUAUUCGCGUGCUGAACUCUGCUCGUUAUAAUCGGUUUAUAUUCUAAGACCGAAUUCUUCAUAUCGAAACGAGUGAGCUGUGUGUGUGUGUGUGUGUGUGUGUGUUUGUAUGUGCUACGUUUUAACAGCCUGCAUGUUCUCGGAUAAAUAACUUUUGACAAUUGAUGAAAGAAAUGACUUACGUUUAAAUACGAUAUUGGGUAUCGGGAAAGUGAUGCAUCGAUCGUUUUAUUCCUCAUCUGCAGAUAUUCUUCGCCGGGAUAAAGCGGGGAAUAGACGAGACGAAAACGCUUGAAAAGUGGAAAAAACAACGAGCAACUAGAACUGAUCGGUCAGGGAUUGAGAUACGAUAUUUAUUUGUUCGUCAUAACCUCAUUCUUUUAACUUGAUUAAAUAACGUUCUUGAUCAGUUUUUGAACAUUCUUUUUUUCUACACAUCAGAAUAAAGAAGAUUAAUUUUUGGGAAUUUUGAAUUCCUUAAUCGAAUCUCUCGCAAAACAAGCCAAGCAAUCGUCGCUCGUCGCUCAAGAUUAUUGGACAACGACAAGAGCUAAGUAACGACGUGGUGAAGGAUAAUACAACUGCGAUCGUUGUCCAGUUUUUUGCUCUAGUGAAAAUGUUCAUAAUCCAAUAUUCGUUCGGCCAAAGUGUAGCUCUGAUGUAUUCUUUGCAAGUUGCUAAAACGACGACCUGUGUUGUGAUAUAAAGUGUUUUAACAGUUUGGAUAUUGGAGUGGUUGUGUGAAACCGGUGCCAAACUUUGCAGAUGGAUAAACAGGGAUGACUGAUAACUGCUGGAACUCUGGUGGUGGCGCUGGAGUCAAGAUGGAGCACUUUCAAGCUGCCCUGGACCCCAGGAAGCAGGAAUUGCUGGAAGCCCGUUUUCUCGGAGCGAGGGGUGCAGGUCCGAACAACAACGCGUCUGCUGCGAAAAAUGCUGCUGCUGUUAACAGCACGCAAUCCGCAUCAUCGGUUCCGAAUCCUGGCAGGUGCGGGCAGCCCACUGCCUUGGGUAUAGACUGGACACGACGCGACAAUGCCCCUCCUCGUCCAGAUCACAGGAACUCGUCCUCGUCUACGAGUCAAGUCCAGGGUCAGCUAUCUCAGAUGUCUGCUGGAUCACAAAUUCAGAUGGCACCCCAAUCAACUGUAAACUCUGGUCAGUCGGUUCAUAGUCAAGACUCAAACAUGAGCACCGGCUCGUCGCAUAGUGACAAGGAGGUGGACCCCAAUACUCCUGAGAAGGUGCCAAGGACUCCGUCGGAAAGGAAGAGAAAACGCAAGUACCCGCCGUCGCCGCAGCAAUUGUUGUCGCCUCAAGUAACGACACCGAAUUCUUCGGUGGCGGAAUUUUCGUCGUUGAUGCAGCCACCGCGACCCCAUCCACAGCCUCCACCUCCCCCUCCACCAGCCUCUACACAACCUGCAAGCUCGAUGGUCAGCAAGCAGGUGCAGGUAAGGCCUACCAACCUCCCUAGGACAAGCCAGGUCAGGCAAGCGAAGACUAACACCCCAAAUACGGAGCUCACUUGCCAGAGGAUACAGGAGUUUGAAACACAAGCUUCUUCAGAUCUGGAGUUACGUAAUAAUAAAAUUGACGAAUUGAACCGAACUACGGAGGAACUUAGGCACCAAAUGGCUAAUCAGCAGAAAGUGAUUGAGCAGCACAAAUCGCAUAUAAAUAAGUGUAUAGACGUUGUAAAGAAGUUAUUAAAAGAAAAAUCAAACAUAGAAAAAAAAGAAGCUAGACAAAAGUGCAUGCAAAAUAGACUGAGGCUAGGCCAGUUUGUGACUCAGAGGGUAGGAGCAACUUUUCAAGAAAAUUGGACGGACGGUUAUGCGUUUCAAGAAUUGGCGCGGCGGCAAGAAGAAAUAACGCUGGAAAGAGAAGAAAUUGAUAAGCAGAAGAAAUUGCUUCUGAAGAAAAGGCCAUCUAAUAGUGAGACAGGACGGAAACGGAGUCAACCUCAACCUUCCUUGCAUAAUGGUACUGAAGCUACAUUUCUAAAGCCGGACGCUGUGCCAGGAUCGUAUACGUGGCAGGAAUACUACGAGGCUGAUGAAAUACUCAAGCUGAGACAAAGUGCACUGAAGAAAGAAGAUGCAGAUCUGCAACUCGAGAUGGAGAAGCUUGAAAGAGAACGUAACUUGCAUAUUAGAGAACUGAAACGUAUACACAACGAGGACCAAUCGCGCUUCAACUCUCACCCUGUACUCAACGAGCGAUACCUUUUACUCAUGCUAUUAGGCAAAGGCGGUUUUAGCGAAGUCCAUAAGGCAUUUGAUCUGAAGGAACAACGCUAUGUGGCGUGCAAAGUACAUCAACUUAAUAAAGACUGGAAAGAAGACAAAAAAGCUAACUAUAUAAAGCAUGCGCUGCGGGAAUAUAAUAUACACAAAGCACUAGAUCAUCCACGUGUUGUUAAAUUGUAUGACGUCUUUGAGAUUGAUGCCAACUCGUUUUGUACAGUUUUAGAGUACUGCGAUGGUCACGAUUUAGACUUCUACCUCAAACAGCAUAAAACUAUACCGGAGAGGGAAGCGAGAUCAAUUGUCAUGCAGGUUGUUUCUGCUCUGAAGUACCUCAAUGAAAUAAAACCACCUGUCAUUCACUACGACUUAAAACCAGGAAAUAUUUUAUUGACUGAGGGAAACGUGUGUGGCGAAAUUAAGAUAACAGAUUUUGGAUUAAGCAAAGUAAUGGAUGAAGAGAAUUAUAAUCCAGACCAUGGAAUGGAUCUAACCUCCCAAGGGGCUGGUACUUAUUGGUAUCUACCACCGGAGUGUUUUGUAGUUGGCAAAAAUCCUCCAAAAAUAUCGUCCAAGGUUGACGUGUGGAGCGUCGGUGUGAUAUUCUAUCAGUGUCUCUAUGGCAAAAAGCCCUUUGGUCACAAUCAGUCGCAAGCAACAAUCCUUGAAGAAAAUACAAUACUAAAAGCAACGGAAGUACAGUUUGCCAACAAGCCGACCGUGAGCAACGAAGCUAAGAGCUUCAUCAGAAGCUGUCUGGCGUAUAGAAAAGAAGAACGUAUAGACGUGCUAACGUUAGCGAGACACGAAUAUCUACAGCCUCCGGUCCCAAAGCAUAACCGUCAGGCAAAUAGUCAGCAGCAGCAGCAACAGCAACAGCAACAAAUUCAGCAGCAACAACAGCAAACGUCAUUUACCACUGGCAUGUUUAGUGGUAUGAAUGCAUCUAGCAGUUCGUAGUGGAAAACAGACUAGAACACGUAUAAACUAAUAAAAUAACAAAGAAAAAAUGAAAUAAAUUAAAAUAAACGAAAUUACAUGCCAAAUCUUAAAUGAUGAGCUGUUGCACGAGGCCGCCCUCAUCUCAAGAAAAUGCCAAUAAGAACAAGAGCAAGAAUAAUAACGAAGAACAAGAACAAGGUUUUUCGUGAAAGCAAAAAAUGUAAAUAGUGAAGAUUUCCGUUGUAGCUAUACCGUAUAAAUUAAAAUAAACACCCGCCAUAUAUACCGCAAGAACAUCGUGCGGCUGGUGGUUGCGAAUUUGGGAAACUUGCGUCUCUUUGCAAACAACGCCGAACUCUACUUCAGCAUUCAGCAUGACAAAAAGAUGAAGGGAAGAAAGAAGUUGUU